UAUCCAUAAUACAGUUGCGCCACCAAUUUACGCGCCUCAAACUAGUCGGAAGGAUAAGUAUUUACUUUGCUGUCACAAUCAGAUGUUCGUGUUUACGAAAAUCAAUGAAAGAUAGUAACCGAGUGCAAGUGAUCUUAUAAUUGUAAAAUAUGGAAACUGCCGAGCAAGAAUCUCACGAUGAUAAUUAUUAUUUAGAAUUGUCUUCGGAUCCGAUCAGGUUUGAAUCGGUCAGUAGCCUUACGAAUGUUUUUUUCGAUGACUCGAAACAACAGGUAUUUGCGGUUCGAUCUGGAGGUGUAACAGGUGUACUAGUUAAAGGGCCAAAUCAAAAUAUAAAUUUUCGAAUGGAAGACAAGGGCCCGGUAAUUUCCAUCAAAUUUUCACCAGAUAUGAAUAUAUUGGCAGUGCAACACAACAAUUUUUCUGUCGAGUUUAUCAAUUAUUCUCCGAUAACUGGAUUGGACAAUAUAGAAUAUUCACAGUCGUGUAAAGGAAAAAAUGCCACUAUACUAGGAUUCGUUUGGACACAUGGAAAUGAAAUAUUGCUUGUUACUGACUAUGGUGUCGAAUUGUUUCAAAUAAAUCCCGAGAAGCGUACUGUCAGGGUUUUAAAAUGCUUAAGUUUAGGUGUUAAUUGGUUUGUAUUCUGUCCACAAAGUUAUUUGGUACUGUUAUCAUCUGGUACAAUAGGAAAUCAAAUGCAAACACUACAUGUAACACCUGGGAAUCUUCAUAAAUUAACAAAAUUCGAAGUGGAAGCUGGCGCAACGAAACAAGGCAAAUUGGCUGUGUACGAAAGGGAUGUAGCAUUGGCUGUUGUAUACGGGAUGCCUUGUAUUAUUUUGCUACGUCAUCAAGCAGGUACUAACCGUUCGACGGGUACUGCGUCUGUACAUGUAUAUACAGUGCAUAAAAUGACCACGAUUAAAAGGAGCCAUAUUUUGAAGCUUGAUGUGAGCGGUAAAUUUGCAAUUAACGUUGUAGAUAAUCUUAUUAUCGUUCAUCAUCAAACUACAAAAACCUCAAUGAUUUUUGACAUCAUGUUACCUGGUGUGAGUGACGGAACCGUAAUGCAUCAUACUAGUGUAGCACCGGCAAAGUCGAUCAAACCUUAUAGUUUGAAAGUUCCAGGAAAGACACUAUCGAAUCAAACCUAUGAACCGUGUCAACUAUAUUCUCCAAAUUGGGUGGUAUUUCAGCCAAACAUAAUAAUUGAUGCGAAAUUGGGUUGCCUAUGGUAUAUCGAAUUGAAGUUAGACGUUUUGAUAGAACUUAUUACAGAUAAAGUGUUGCUAGUUGAAUUUUUAAUGCAACGAACGAAUGCGAAGCACAUUUUGAUACAAGUGUUACAAAAUUUUAUGAUGCAAUUGCCCGUAAUUUUGAUGAAUAUGCCAGUUAUAUUUGACAAGCUGAAUUCUGUAUAUAGAAAUUAUUUGGAAAGUGAAAUACAAAAUCAGAUUGGUACCCCGGUGCAAAAUAACGCCAAGAGUGUAAGCACUGCAGCGGAAAAUUACAAGUAUAAAUUGGAACUUAAUCAGAGCGACAUGUACAGUCACAUACUGUCAAAAUUUUCUGAGAACACCAUUGAACCAAAAAUGAUAGUAUGGGUCCUCCUUGAGUACAUCAGAUCGCUGGCGGAACACGGUAUACCGGUGCAGCAUUAUCUACAUGAGUUGGUCAUUACAACAUUGGUUCAACGUAAAGCGUAUUAUCAGCUUCAUCAGUUGCUGCAAUAUCAUGUGGUUGCCGACUCAAAGCCUUUGGCUUGUUUGUUGCUGUCUUUAGAGAAUCUCUAUCCAGCUGCUCAUCAACUCGCCUUGGACAUGCUGAAGCGAUUAGGAAACGCUCAUGAAGAGAUAAUUGAAGUUCUCCUCUCGAAAGGACAUAUUCUGCCAGCGUUACGUUAUGUUCGAUCGGUCGGGAUGGUCGAGCAAGUGUCCGACAGAAAAUUUCUAGAAGCGGCGAAAGCGACCGGAGAUGCGACGUUAUUUUAUUCGGUUUUCAAGUUUUUUAAACAACGUAGUUUGUGCAACGCUACAGCCUUUACCAAAGGGGAGCGCUAUCAGCCUUACAUUCAGCAUUACAAACAUUUAUUUGAAGGAAUGGACAACAGUAGUAAUUCGGACACGAAUUCCAACGACACCACGGUCUCCUCCGUUCUCCGCGCGAUAAAUUCGCAAUUCGACUCUAUCGUAACAUGGAAUAACACAGAACAUAUUUAAGAAUUACAGCAGUUUACAAUUGGAAUGUUA